UCAGGAGACCCUACCGGCGUUUCUAAAAAUAAUGCAUACAUUCCAAGAGGAAAAGAGAGAAAUUAAAUAUGAAUCAAUGAUUCACGCAAUUCUUAAGGCAUAAUCGCCUAUUAAAAAUCGAUUCUUUCGUAAUUAUUUAAACGUCGAUACCUCUUCGACGUCGCUCAUGCGUCUCUGUCUAAUCGUCCGAUGCAUCGUAUUCUCACACGCAUGCACACACGCACGAGUUUAUCAGCUUUGUCAGCGGAGAAGUGCAUGCUUCAUCGAAUUUAAAUUACAUACGUAAAUCGCACAUUAAUACCAACCGUGAGUGCGUAAAAGUGCGAGGUUACCCGUAUAGUAUAAACAUGGCCUCGCGGUACAGUCACGGUGUUCAGCGAGUUUUGGCGAAAUUGGAGGCGUCGAUAAACUCGGAAAAUUAUUAUGAGGCCCAUCAGAUGUACAGAACUUUGUAUUUCAGAUACCUCGGCCAGAAAAAAUACUCGGAACUUUUGGAAUUGCUAUAUAAUGGAUCGAUGCUUUUAUUACAACACGAUCAGCACGCCAGUGGAGCUGACUUAGGUAUUUUAUUUAUCAAUGUUUUAACGCAAUCCGAGACGGAGCCUACACAUAGCUUCUUCGAAAAAAUCACCACUCUGUUCAGCACAAUGAGUCCUAUAUCUCCUGAGAGAGAGGUAUUUGUGCAGUCUGCGCUCAAGUGGAGUAUAAAGGGCACAGAUUACAAAACUGGCCAUCCUGACUUGCACCAGAAGAUAGCACAAAUAUUUUGGAGAGAAAAAAAUUAUAUAAUGGCAAGGCAGCACUUUAUGCAUAGUAGAGAUGGUUCCGGAUGUGCAGCGAUGUUGGUGGAGCUUCACGAGCAGCGUGGAUAUGUGAACGAAAUAGACCUCUUCAUAGCUCAUGCGGUCUUUCAGUAUCUUUGUCUACAAAACAAAGCAACGGCGCAGGAGGCCUUUAACUCUUACACUUCAAGGCAUCCAAAAAUAAAUAGUGGUCCGCCGUACCUUCUUCCUCUAUUAAACUUUUUGUUUUUUCUACUCAAAACGAUUGACAGUGGAAAAUUAGCGGUGUUCACAGUACUUUGCGAUCAAUACCAGAUAUCCUUAAACAGAGAUCCAUGUUAUCGACAGUACUUAGACAAAAUAGGCCAACUCUUUUUCAAUAUUCCACCACCGCGUCCACGCAAUCAGGGAUUAUUCAGCUCGUUACUACAAUCCUUCUUCAAUGGCCUGGAAGAUGACGAAUACGAAGACGAGCAACAAAAUACAGCCUCGACCUCGUACGCCGUGCAAGAACUUGAUUGAUUAAAGAUGAGACAGCGUUGUGCAGUGUGAUGCUGAAUAUAUGGAACUUUUAUAUAUAAAUACAUAUUAUAUCUCGACCCAAAUACUUUCACCAAUUAUACUCGUCUUAUCCAUACACGAGGUUUUAAAGCAUGGAACUUAUAACUGGAGGAAAGAAGAAAGGUACGUGUGAAUCUUCGAGGGAUGAAAGUAUGUGGGACGACAUCUUACCGGGAAUUUAUCAAAGUUGUAAGUUACGUACACUGAAUUCACAAUAGUGCGUAGGCAUCUUGAUUCUUUUUAUACAUACUUGUAAUUGAACUUCUUUUUAAUCGAGUCAAACUUAUGGAUGUGCAAUAAUGAGAUGCAUAUACUUUUGCAUGUAAAAGCAUAAUCUACAAAGGACUACCGUUUGAGACGUAAGUACUGGUUGUAUGUAUAUAUUUUUAGUAUAUACCUCUACAUACAUGUAUAUACCAUAUAUACAUUAUUUGUAAAGUUUUGAAGAGAGUAUUCAAAUUUAAUUUAAUAUUGUAUUCCACAAGAGUCAAGGGGGAAACAGAAAUUAUUGUUUCGGUUAAAUAUUUGGCAUUCACACACACACACUUGGCGCUAUUCUGUACAUGCUGUUAUGAAUUCAGCAAUUAUACUUGGACUUUGAAUAAAAUCCUUGCCAUUAAUUACAACCUGUAUACCAUGCAUAUAAUCACAUCAAUGUACACUUGCGUGUAACUGCUGAAUCGAAAAUUUAUUUUAUAUGAACUAAAAAUCACGUAUGACAAAUAAAUGUGACAUAAUUAUAGCUUCCGAGAUGAAGAAUGCUUAUCGAGAAUACUUGUUGUUAAGAAAUCAGGAAAAUGAAUUGUAUCCAAAACAACAAGUAAUAUAUUUAUUUAUCGAAUUCUCCGUACUAUAAGGCAAGAAUUGUUUAAGACUCUAGUGAAGACACAUAUUCAAUUAAUGAAAUUACGGCCAUCACUGUUUAAUGAAAAACACACUUUACAAUAUCAAUUAAUAAGAAUAAUAUAAUAUUGCUGUGUACUAAAAAGAAGAAAAAAAAAUGAGAACAUAGACAACAUUUAGCUAAUAAAUUUAGAUUUGUAAUGAG